UGUACGUGCUUUCAAAAUCCAAAUCGGCCACCAUUGUUGGAAGUGAUCCUUGUGCAUAGAUUCAUUCAAUUUGCAUUUUUCCCAAUAGUUUCUAGCAAGAUUUUAGAUAUUUAUCGGUAAGAUAUAGUGAUAAACAUCUUACGAAUGUUAGUCGAGUUUUAAUUUAAGUGUAGAGUUCUUAUUUUCAAAUCAUAAAAGCGUUUGAAAUGUCACGCGAAGUGAGCAUCAGGACUGUGGACACCAUACCAUACACGAAAUAAAUGUGGUUUUCUUUGAAAUAAGUGCUACAAGAACGUUUGAAAUGUGUUAGCGCCCUUCGAGGGCAUGUGAUAGACAUGAUGGAUAGUUAUAAUAAUAACGUGAGCUCAUGAAAAUAUUUGAUAAGUUUCUGUACACGUCGUAGGACAGCGCAGUUACGCGUGUUAGAGCUUCAAACUUGCCGGCAUCAUUAUGGUGGACUGAAACAGUGGUUGUUAUACAAUUAGAACUUUGAACGUGCUGUAAACAGUGCCGCGAGGACAGCGCACACAAUGUCAGGCGGCUCGCAACACAACCCGAAUGGUCGGCAAUCUCAAUUGGGCCCCGCUUGGAGCCCUUUACAGGUGGCGAACUUCCUGUCGCGGGCCCCUCAGGCCCACAUGGCAUCGGAGCGCGGGGUCACUUGGCACACGCCCACGCCGCCGCCACAUCUCUACCAUGUGCCAGCGCCGUCGCCCCCCGACCCCCUACAGGGUAUGAAGGGCGCGGGUGGCAACUCCGUGUUCCGGCACACGGCGACGCCGCCUGAACUCUACAGACACACGCCCACACCGCCGGACAAACACCUGUUGAGCAGGCACACGCCGUCGCCGGGCGAUGUCAAGGCGAACGCUACGAUUCCUCCCGCAGAACUAUACCCACAUUUAGGUCCCGGCAGAGGUUUGACGAUUCCAGAGAAAAUGGUGCGUGCCGAGGAAUUGUUGGCGUACGCGCGGGGCGGCGUCGACCUGACGGUGGGCGGGCCGCGCGGCGCUAACGGCUCGCCCGCGCCCCCCGCCGCGCCCACCGCACCCACCGCACCCGCGCUCUCCGUGCGCGACGCACCCACCAUUAACAGCCUGAUCGCCCGCGCCGCGCCGCACGCCCGCGGCCCCCUGGCGCGUGUCGACGCCCUCCUCGAGCGCCUCGCCCCAGCCCCCGCCCUCGCUCCCGCGCCCGCCUCACCGCACUCCGUCAUCGUUCACCCGCGCGCCGCGCACACGCCCUCGCCACCCUCCUCCAAUGAGGACUCGGCAGAUUCGUGCGGCGCACCGCCCGGCUCGAAGCGAAAACGAAAACCGGAGCGCACCAUUCGCGUGCCGACCGUGAUGCCGCCGCCCGUCGAGCCGCAGCGAGCGCCGUCGCCUACGCCCGAGCCCGUCGCCACCCCCGUGCCGGUGGCGAGAGCCUCCCCGCAGACUGCGAGGGUCUCCCCUCAGAUGGCACGAGUCUCCCCACAGGCUGCGCGAGUGUCGCCGCAGACCGCGCAAGUCUCACCGCAAACUGCCCGAGUCUCCCCACAAGCGGCACGGGUCUCCCCGCAGGAGGCGCACGAUUCCCCGGUAGCACCGCGCGCCUCCCCUCGCACUGCACGCGUCUCGCCCCAAAUACAAACGCAAACUCCGCUCGAGAACGGCGACGCCCACUUACCGAACGGCCCGGCAGAGAAACCCCCGACGCCCCCACAGACGCAGCCGGACCAGCCGCACACCAGGAGAAAAACGCGGUCCGGUUCCGCAGAGACCAUAGACGACAUCGCGGCCAUGAUAGCGAGCACCGAGAGCCGCGCAACACCGCUCGCCUCCGCUCCGGACGUGCCGGACGCGCCCGAUGUGCCCGGGACCCCGGACAUGCCCGACUCGUCCGGCGUCGUCGACAAGCUGAAGAGCGUGCUGGCCAGCCCCGAGCCCGAGAUCAAGUCGGAGCCGGACAAGGAGCCCGAGACGCCACCCGUGGAGGCGCCCGCCGCGCCGCGCAGGCGCAGCGUACGCACGUCUAACUCUGAAUCUACUAAUGUACCUGUUGAAUCACCAUCUGAGGCAAAACCGGCCGAACCCGAGGCGGAGGCGGGCAGCGCGGAGCCUACCGCAGCCAGCUUCGUGGAGGUGGAGAACCAGUUGGAGAAGAUGUUCGCCGGCCUCGAGGAGGAGCCGCACGCCGCCACGCCGCAGGCCAAUAAUAAACCUCAGACUGCUAAAGCGAAAAAGCGGCGAAAAUCCGCACCCACCAAAGGCAUGAAGGUCGCGAAACGAGUCAACCGGGCUUCCGUAGAUGACAGGAGGAAGGUGCCCCGGAGGAAGGCAGACGCCAAGAAGUCCAAGGAAGUGGCCGUCAAGGAUGCGUACGACUCCUGCAGCAACGCUAGCUCGAGUCGCUCGCGAGGUCCCUACAUACAAAUCGUGGGUCCAUGUGCGUCGCCGGUGUCGGUGGCGGUGGUGAACGCGUCGUCGUCGGAGGAGGCAGGCGAAUGGCGCAACGGGUUGCGCGCGCGCGGCCUGCACGCCAGCACGCUCGGCCUGCGCUACGACGCCACCACGCCCGACGCUAGCUGGCUGUGCGCCUUCUGCGAGCGCGGACCCCACGCGCGCGCCCUCGGCGAUCUCUUCGGCCCCUACACCGUCACCACCGACUGCGACGAGUACAGAGCAUUAGACGAGGCGUCACGCCGACAUUUCCCCACCGUAUCUGGCGGUGUGGAGGUGUGGCUGCACGAGGCGUGCGGCAUCUGGGCGAACGGUGUGAUAGCGGCGGGCUCGCGCGUGUGGGGUCUGGCGCCGGCGGUGUGGGGCGCGCGGGUGGCGCGGUGCGGCGCGUGCUCGCGUGCAGGUGCCGCCGUAGUGUGCGCGACGCGGGCGUGCCGGGCGCGCGUGCACGUGCCCUGCGCACCCGCCGCCGGCUGGCACCUGCUCGACGACGACUUCCGCGCGCUAUGCCCGCGGCACGCACCCGUCGCCUCCGCGCCCACGCCGCCCCCAGCGCCUGUGCCCGCACCCGCGCCCGCGCCCAACCGGUAA